GUUGAAAAAUUGCACAAGUCUCAGUUUCAGCCUCUGUAAUCUGGAAUCUGGCUCAGAAUCCAGGUCUUGGAGCCAGCAAGGAGUCUGGGGACAAAAGGCUGAGAUGUAACUUCAAAACAUUCAGAGGAAGCUUUCGUAUCGGAGGAAGAAGAAAAGUUUUUUUCACCCAGAGGUUUGAUACUGAGUGACAAAAAUGCGGUGCUUUUCAAUACAGACUUGUUGAGAAAAGAGACCAUUAUCUUGGGAGAAUCUACAGGGAGGUGGUAAUGCAGUCAAACAUGAAUAUCCAUUUGGCUGUCUUGCUGACAAUUGAAGUCUCACUGUUCCUGAGUUGUGUUGGUGGAUUCUUAAGUAGAAACCCAUUAGUACCAGAAACUGAACUGCCCAGUAAUGAGCAAAAGGGACAAGAACGUUAUGACGACUUUGGCACUGAAUCAGAUACAUAUGAACCCAAGGAAGAUUUUCUUCAUGCAGAAUCAAACCAGCCUGAAAUCAAGGCUGUGGUAAGUGAAACUGCCCAGUGUGUCCAAUGUUGUGAUCGCCCACCUCGUCGCAGGCAGCGUUACCAUUAUUACAAUGAAGAUCCACCAGAAUUUCAAGCUAUCCCUCAAAUCAACCUGACCAUUCUCAAAGGUGAGAAGGGUGACAAAGGGCCACGAGGAUCAUACGGCAAAGAUGGAAAAGUGGGACACCCUGGACUACGUGGUCCGGCAGGUGCAAAAGGUUCAAAGGGAAAUCCGGGACGGUUCGGAGAGCCAUGUAAAAUGUACUAUGCAGCUUUCUCUGUUGGCCGAAAGAAAGAACUUCACAGUAACAAUUACUUCCAAACAUUGGUGUUUGAUACUGUGUAUGUCAAUCUAUAUGAUCAAUUUAAUAUGUUCACAAAUAAAUUUUACUGCUCCAUUCCAGGUAUUUACCACUUUAGUUUAAAUGUACACACCUGGAAUCAGAAGGAAACCUAUAUGCACAUCAUGAAGAAUGAGGAAGAGGUUGUCAUUCUCUAUGCUCAGCCCAGUGAUCGCAGCAUCAUGCAAAGUCAGAGCAUUAUGAUGGAUCUAAAACACGAUGAUGAAGUCUGGAUUCGUUUGUUCAAGGGAGAACGGGAGAAUGCCAUCUUCAGUGAUGGCUUUGAUACGUACAUCACCUUUAAUGGCUAUCUGAUUAAACCAAAUAGUGAGAAUUGAGUGAAUAAUUAAAUCAAUAACACUUCAAUGAAUAGAGGACUGUCAUUAGAAAGCAAUACGGAAGCUUACAAAAGGGAAACUCCAGCUUUCUGUUAUAAAAGUUGUUUUAUGUCUCUUAUCUCGAUUUAUACCAGCUAAAAUCAGUUUUGUUACUUUUAUAUUCUUUUUAUUCAGCCUUUCCAAAACACAGAAAUCUGUACUUGUUUUUGUAGCUUGCUUUCAUUCCAUGAUGCUAUAAUAGGCACUGUCAGUCUUAUCAAUUCAUGCAGUUUUGUUCAUUCAGAGAAAACGGUGAAGAUUCAGAUCUCUCCUGUAAUGCAGAAAGCAAGAAUGCUGAUUUCUGUGGCUGAUAUUAAAGUCUCUAAACAUGGAGAAUGUCACAACCAAACAGCCUACUUUUCUAACCUGUAUAUGUAUGUCCAAUUUAUACUCUGUUAUCAAACUAUCAGAUAACAAGGUGUUAGUGAGUCAUUUUCCCUCAUUAUCUGAGUUCAUAUAAAUAAGAAUGUUAAAAUUAUAUAUUAUGGGAUGAAAUCACUGCAACAAAAUCAAAGCUUCCACUCUGUGCCUAUCUUGAGGGGCCAAUUUUAGUGUAACCGGUAGGACAAGAUUUAAUCAUCAUUUUUCAAUUGUCAAAGUAAAUAUGGAGUGAUAUUUAAAGGAGUUUAAAACCAGCAAUCCACCUGUGCAGCAAGUUAUUUUAAAAUUAACUACAGUAAUAAUGUUUAAGAUUCCUUGAGUAAGUAAACAACGAUCUUUUUAUUUGUCAGUCUUUCUCUUAGCUCUAGUUUUGUUCUGGGGCCAGUUAGCUCAGUUGGGUGAAUAGUUGCUUUGCAACGCAAAGCGAUACCAACAGUAUUAGUUCACUGGCUGAAGUUACUAUGAAGGAUUCUCCUUCUUAACCUCUCCUCUCACCUGAGGCAUGGUGACUCUCAGGUUAGGCCACCAUCUGUCAUCUUUCUUUCAUGACAAAACAGCCCUUAGGUCCAGUUGGACUGUAAGGACCAUUUAAUUCCAUUGAUUUUUUUAUUUGUAAAGACUGUGGCCCAUGAAAUGCAGCAAAUUGUGCUAAGUUCUGCAACAGCAAAACCCUCAGUCACUUAAUCUUUGAUUUUCCAUUUGGUUUCCGAUGAAAAACAGACCUAAGCUGGUCAAAGCUGGCGAGCAUGCAAAGUGAGAAACCAUUGCCAGACCCUUGCAUGUUUAUUGUUCAUGGGAGUAAGGAAGUUUUAACUUCUGGGCCAAUCUGUAUGCUUGCUGUCAGUUACCCCCGUCAGCUUGGUGAGAAGUAGUGUGAACCCUGCUUUGCUAUGAACACCCUAUUUUGCAGCAUUCGAACUAGUAGUCAUGUCAUAUAUUCAUUGGAUCAUUCACAUAGGGCUCCUGUGUUACUUCAAUCCAAACAGAGCUAUUGUCAGCCAUCUUACAUGUUUCACUUCCUUUGGCACAGUUUCUAUGGCCUCAUCUGAACUGUAGGGAUAGCUGUUGAACUCCUUUCAGACAUUGGGAGGGACCAAAUAAGUUCACCUCCUUGAGACAUCACAAAGCAUUUGAACUGCCCAUUUAAAUCCUGCAAAGAUACUCAAUUUCUGGCUUUAAAACAGACAAUGUUUUAAUCACAGGUAUUUACAUUGUCAGGAACUCGCCUUUUUAAUGUAAUGAUGUGGAGGUGCCAGUGUUGGACUGGGGUGGACGAAGUUAAAAAUCACACAACAUCAGGUUAUAGUCCAACAGGUUUACUUGGAAGUACAAACUUUUGGAGCAAGGCCAUAAGUUCCGUCUCCUACUAUCCAAUUCCAGAAGCUAAUUGACGAAGAAGCAGAAAGCUUGUACUUCCAAAUAAACCUGUUGGACUAUAACCUGGUGUCGCGUGAUUUUUAACUUUUUAAUGUAAGUGAGUCUGCUUAGAGAAUUACAAAAGUGGGUUCUGUGCACUGUAGGCUGGGCAGAGAUGUUGCCUGCAAUUUCUGAUUCUAGUCGAGCUUAAUCUUAUUGGAAAUUUAUGACAACUGUGCUGCUACUGUAACAAAAUAAACAUGCAAUAUUUGCAUGAGGGAACUAAACAGCCUGUAAUGUUUCAUAAAUGCUGUAUUAUUCCAUCCUUUUGGGUUUUGGGUUUGUCUCUAUUCAAUACUAUCAAAUUGUCACACUACUGUUUUCUUUUAAUGCAACAGAACUAUAAUGAAUUAGCAUUAUGCAUAAGUCCAUAAAACCUUGCUGUUAUCAUUGCUCACUGUUUAUUCUACUUGUAUUUAUGUAAUACCUUUAACAUAAUGAAACAUCUAAAGAUGCUGUUCAAGAUUAUUAUAAGACAAAAUUUGACGUGGCACAUAAAGAUUCGGGAGGCAGAUGACCAAAAGAUUGGUUGUGAAGGUAGGUUCAUGGAGUGUUUUAAACAAGGUGAGUGUAGUAGAGGGAUAAAGAAUAAUGGGGAAGGAUUCCAGAGCCAAGGGACCUCACAAAUGUAGGCACAAUUGUCAGUGAUGUAAUGAUUAAAGUCUGAAUAUCUACGAGGCCAGAAUUUGAAGAGUGUAGAAAUGUCAGAGAAUAGUAUGGUGGGAGAGGUUACAGAAACUAAGAAGGGGCAAGGCUAUGGAGGGAUCUGGAAAUGAGGGGGAGAAUUUUAAAAUUGAGCUAUUGGCAUCUGGUUUAGGAAUGUAGAUCUGCGAGUGCAGGAGUGAUGGAUGACCAGGACUUGAUGCAAGUAAGGACACAGGCAGCGGUGCUUCAGAUAAUAUCAGGCUUAUGGAUAAUAGAAAAUGACAGACCAACUACAAGUAGGAAUCAUCAAGUUGCAUUCCCUUGCUCUAUUUUUGAGUUAUCUUACGUUCUGAAGACCUAAUUUCUGUGAUUAUUUAUGAUUACUGGAGUAUUAAAACUACAUUCCUACUUGUAGUUUGUCUAAAAUGAUCCAUUUAGAAUGCAGAACUGGGAGAAUGAGUUUUGUGUAGGGCAAUAAUUGCACAUAUGGAAACAAAAUAUGUGGUAUUCUGAAAAUGUGAAAUAAAAGCAAAAAAUUCUGGAAGUACCCGUGUUUAACAAACGUAGAUAGUUACAGGGAUGUUAGGAACAGGCCUUUAUUGUGGAUCUAAAAGCAUUUGGCAUUCAUUCCUUAUUGAAUAUUCUUGUUAGUGUACGAUGUUGUACUUGCUGCUGUAAAGGACAUGGCUGAACUUGCAGGAUCAGCUGACACCCCCUUCCAUACAUAGUAAAGGAAAUUGUCUGAGAUCACUCUUCUCAGACGUAAUUGAAAUGUUAUAUGUGAACUCAAAAGCUGCACGAAGACGUGCCUGGCAACACUCUGAGGCAGUUACAUAUCUGGAUAGCAGUGAAACAAAACCUUAGGUUCCUUAUUUUCUUACCUUGACUGAUUGCCCCAGCUUCCCCUUAUCACCUAUGGGAUGUCAGGCACUUCCCACUAAACAUUGAAGGCCCUGACCACAUGCUCUGUCAUCCCUUGGAUCCCUCUUCUAUUCGUUCAUGCACCAUUCCAAAGCCAGCCUGCCCCCAACCCUUCACCAUUGGCUCAGCCUUGUCAAUUCCAGUCCUCUGUCAUUUUUGUGCUGUAGAAUUCAACAUGCAGAACUGCAAUCUCAGCCACAAAUGCACAAAGCUGACUGAUGUAUGAUACCUUGAAAUAAAUAUAAAUUGGAUGCAAUGAUAUUCUACGCACUGCUGAUUUGAUCUAAAAGACAGUGCUUUAUUAAAACAAAACAUUUUUAUUCACUUGUGGGACACGAGACAUGGGCAUCACUGACAGGGCCAGCAUUUAUUUCAUGUCCAAGUUGCCCUUGAGAAGGUGAUAGUGAGCUGCCUUCUUGAACUGCUACAGUCCACCUGCUGUUUAAUUCUGUCUUAUGAGUUGCACAGGGUCUGCAAUCUCAUAAAGGAAGAUGUGAUAUUUAAACAGUAAUAUCCUGCAAUGCAACAUGGAAUUUCGAGUGCUGUUUAUACUGGUAAGUAUUCAUGUUGUGCAAAUACAAACCCAUCACAGGCUGAUGUGAGGCAUGACGUGUAGUGAACACACUGUUAAUUUUACUCUGGCUCUGAACACACUACCAAGAAAUGAAAAUUUUACAUCCUAUCUCAUUAAGUCACCACACACGUUUGCUGUUCUGUGGACUCCAUUAAAACCCACCUAUUUCUUUAUCUCUGCAUGAUGCUGUCUGACCUGCUGAGAAAUUGCAGCAUUUUAUGUUCCUUUACAUUAAAAUGUAAGCAUUUGUUCCUAUGAAUUGCAAAUCUGGAUGAUCAGUUUUGGAUUAUUGCCUAUUUAUCUGCACCAAAUCUAUUCCUAAAGCAAUGAGAAAGGUUUCCUUUCCUAUUAGCAAUCAAAAGCUACAACUGAAUUCAUUUCCAUUUCCAAUAGGCUUGAGUUUUUACCAGAAUAUGCCCUGAAGUCAUGAUCCUUCUUAAAAGUCUUUGUGAAAGGUACAGAAAUCAAGUUGUGCCACACGUGUUGACAUUUAAUGUACUUUGUCAAAUUCGGUGCUGCUUGGAGUUUCCAUUGAGGUUCUACAUUAGAGGUUAUAACCGAGCCAACAGCUUCAUUAAAGAGGGGUUUAGACUGUUCUUUUAUGUUUUCAAUGACUAGAAGCUAUUUUUUGACAAUAUAUUGUAGCACAAGUCUCCAGAGCUAGUUAUGGUUUGUGAUGAUUAUAGCAUGCACUUGGCUUCUGAAAUGUGGCAUUGGUUAUGAUUUUGCAGGAUCAAUAUCAACCUUGUCACUUUAAUGCCUUGUGAGUUGUAUGGGGUCUAUAAACUCAUAAAGGGAAAUAUGAUAUUUAAAGUGUAACAUUCUGCAAUGCAGCAUGGAUUUUUGAAUGAGUGCUAGAAUCACAGUUGACCAGCUUGUUGGUUGUACAAGGUCAGAAUGUUAUUAAUGCAUGCAAGCAAUUUGCUUCAUUUGUGCACUGAGGUACACAGUAAUAAGGUUCUUCAUUUUUAUAACCAUUCAGUUUAUUGAAAUAUUUUGUAAAAGCUGAUAAAAUAAUUUGGAACAUUUUGUAUGAUGUUAGCAUAUACUUUCUAGUCUAUGUUUAAUAUUUGUAUUUUUGCAUGUAGGUUUGAAAUGGAAAUAAAUUUA